UCUCCCCCUAGUUCUGGAAGGGAUGGAGGAGGCGGAGGCCGAUUGCGCCCUGGCGUUCGCCGAGGCCCAGCGAUGGGUGGAGGCAGUAACAGAGAAGAAUUUUGAAACAAAGGAUUUUCGAGCCUCUCUAGAGAAUGGUAUUCUGUUGUGUGAUUUGAUUAAUAAACUGAAACCUGGAGUCAUUAAGAAGAUCAAUAGACUGUCCACACCUAUAGCAGGCUUGGAUAAUAUAAACGUUUUUUUGAAAGCUUGUGAACAGAUUGGAUUGAAAGAAGCCCAGCUUUUCCAUCCUGGGGAUCUACAGGAUUUAUCAAAUCGAGUCACUGUCAAGCAAGAAGAAACUGAUAGGAGAGUGAAAAAUGUUUUGAUAACUUUGUACUGGCUGGGAAGAAAAGCACAAAGUAACCCCUACUAUAAUGGUCCCUAUCUUAAUUUGAAAGCAUUUGAGAAUCUUUUAGGACAAGCUCUGACUAAGGCACUUGAAGAGUCCAGCUGCCUGAAGAGGAGUGGCAGGGACAGUGGUUACAGCGACAUCUGGGGCCCUGAGCGCGGGGAGCUUCUGGCUUCUCCAGGCAACUGUAAGAGGGAGGACUCGUUUGAGAGCUUGGACUCUUUGGGAUCAAGGUCAUUCACAAGCUGCUCCUCCGAUAUCACGUUGAGGGGGGCACGUGAAGGUUGUGAAAGUGACACAGAUUCUGAAUUUACAUUCAAAAUGCAGGACCAUAAUAAAGAUGAUAUGUCCUAUAGAAGGAUUUCGGCUAUUGAACCCAAGUCUGCGUUACCCUUCAAUCGCUUUUUACCCAACAAAAGUAGACAGCCAUCGUACGUGCCAGCACCCUUGAGGAAGAAAAAGCUGGACAAAAAUGAGGAUAACAGACGAAGCUGGGCAAGCGCCGUCUACACAGAAGCAGAUGGAACGUUUCCAAGUAACGAGAGGAGAACUUGGGGCACACACGUGGAGAACUGGCCAACAGUACAAGAAACUUCAGACUCCUCUUGUUAUUUGGAAGAGAACGAAGACAAGAGAAGUGUUCCCAACACUGUAAAGGAUGAUCUUUAUGUGCGAAAGCUAAGCCCAGUUAUGCCAAGCCCAGGGAAUGCUUUUGAUCAGUUUCUUCCCAAAUGCUGGAUCCCAGAGGAUGUGAACUGGAAACGAAUAAAAAGGGAAACUUACAAACCGUGGUAUAAAGAAUUUCAGGGAUUCAGUCAGUUUUUAUUACUUCAGGCCCUCCAGACAUAUUCUGAUGACAUCUUGUCUUCUGAAACAAAUAUCAAAAUCGACCCCACGGCUGGCCCCCGGCUCAUAACACGCAGAAGGAACCUCUCUUACGCACCAGGCUGUGGACCAGGAGAUGCCCUGGAGAUGCCAGUCCUGGAUCCCGACUUAGAGAAUGACGACUUCUUUGUCAGAAAGACCAGGGCUUUCCAUGCAAACCCGUGUGUUCUCCGGGCUUUCGAAGACUUAAGAAGGCUGUCUGGGCAAGACGAUCCCAUAGAGCGAGAUAUAAUCCUGCAGUGUAGGGAAGGGGAACUUGUCCUUCCGGACCUCGAAAAAGAUGAUAUGAUUGUUCGCCGCAUUCCAGCGCAGAAGACAGAAGUGCCUCUGUCAGGAGGCCCUGAUAGAUACCAGCCAGUCCCGUUGCCCGAACCCUGGAUGCUUCCUCCAGAAAUUCAAGCAAAAUUUCUCUGUGUGCUUGAAAGGACAUGCCCCUCGAAAGAAAAAAGUACUAGUUGUAGAGUGUUAGUUCCUUCCUGUAGGCAGAAGAAAGACGACAUGUUGGCUCGUAAGAUCCAGUCUUGGAAGCUGGGAACCUCAGUUCCUCCCAUCAGUUUCACCCCUGGUCCCUGCAGCGAGGCGGACUUACAGAAGUGGGAGUCCAUCCGAGAGGCCAGCAGGCUUAGGCACAGAAAGCGGCUGAUGGUGGAGAGACUCUUUCAAAAGAUUUAUGGUGAGAGCGGGAGUAAGUCCAUGAGUGAUGUCAGCGCAGAGGAUAUUCAGAGCUUGCGUCAGCUACGUUACGAGGAGAUGCAGAGAAUCAAGUCCCAGUUAAAAGAACAGGACCAGAAAUGGCAGGAUGACCUUGCAAAAUGGAAAGAUCGUCGGAAAAGCUACACUUCGGAUCUGCAGAAGAAAAAGGAGGAGAGAGAGGAGAUUGAGAAGCAGGCUCUUGAGAAGUCGGAGAGAAGAUCUAAGACGUUUAACGAAAUGCUACAGGACAGGGAAUCCCAAAAUCAGAUGUCUGCAGUUGCAUCGAGAAGGAGACUAUAUUCUUUUGAUGAUGUAUUGAAUGAAGAAAAGCUUCCCCCUAUGCUGCCUGUGUCAGAAGCCUAUUCCCAGAGUGAGAGAGUAGAAGAGAAAGGAACGACUUAUCCGACAGAAAUUCCUAAGCAGGAUUCUACAACUUUUGCAAAAAGGGAGGCUACUGUCACAGCUGAAGUUCAGUUUCCUGCUAGAAGCCCCGUGGAAGAACAGCGCCCAGCCUCUUUGUCUUCUCAGCAUUCACUGAAUACACAAAUGGAGUCAACUCGAGUUUCAGCAACUCUCCCCAGAAGUUACCAGAAAAGCGAUGCGGCCAGGUUAACAUCUGUGGUCACACCGAGACCUUUUGGCUCUCAGUCAAGGGGAAUCUCAUCACUCCCGAGAUCCUAUACGAUGGAUGAUACUUGGAAGUAUAAUGGAGACAUGGAAGGCAUUAAGAGAGCCCAGAGCAGUUCAAUCAGCAUCUCUGUGCAAAGACCGGACACAAGCCAGCUUGCGUCCGGCUCAUCCAGUGAAAGAGAGGCCGACGCGCCCAGAGAAAGUGUGAUGCGGUUGCCCUCGCCUACACCCCCCUACUCAUCUCUUUCCCAGGAUCAGGCUGCCACUUCUAAAGACACAUUGUCUUCAAUAUCUAGCCCUGAUUUAACAUCUGAGCUUGGAGAAGGGAGAAGCUCGCCACCGGCAGAGGUCCCCAGAUCACAGGAUCAGUUCAGUGAUAUGAGAAUCAGCAUAAACCAGACGCCUGGGAGCAGUCUUGACUUUGGGUUUACAGUAAAAUGGGCUUUUUCCAGGAUCUUCGUAGCAUCAGUUGAAGCAGGUAGCCCAGCAGAAUUUUCUCAGCUACAGGUAGAUGAUGAAAUUAUUGCUAUCAACAACACCAGGUUUUCAUAUAAGGACACAAAAGAGUGGGAGGAAACCAUGGCUAAGGCCCAGGAAACUGGGAGCCUAGUUAUGGAUAUCAGGCGCUAUGGAAAGUCUGGUUCACCUGAAACAAAGUGGAUUGAUGCCACUUCUGGAAUUUACAGCUCAGAGAAAGCUUCAAAUCUGUCAGUAACAACCGAUUUCUCGGAAAGCCUUCAGAGUUCUAAUACUGAAUCAAAAGAAAUCAAUGGAAUUCGUGAUGAAAGCAAUACUUUUGAAUCAAAAGCCUCUGAACCUAUUUCUUUGAAAAACUUAAAAAGGCGAUCACAGUUUUUUGAACAAGGAAGCUCCGAUUCUGUGGUUCCUGAUCUUCCAGUCCCAACCAUCAGUGCCCCAAGUCGCUGGGCCUGGGAUCCGGAGGAGGAGCGGAAGCGGCAGGAGAGAUGGCAGAAGGAGCAGGACCGGCUGCUUCAGGAAAAAUAUCAACGAGAACAGGAAAAACUGAGGGAAGAGUGGCAGAGGGCUAAGCAGGAGGCUGAGAGAGAGAAUUCCAAGUACUUGAAUGAGGAACUGAUGGUCCUGAACUCAAACAGAAUUUCUCUGAUGGCCCGGGAGCCUGCCCUGGCCACCAGGGGUGAGGAGUCCAAGUCUCCUGACAAGGAAGGAACCCGGGCAGAGGAAAAGAUGAGGUACCAGCAGCAGGAGGAAGACGCGAAUGAGGACCAAAGGAAGAAGCUGCAGGAACAGCUCACUCUUGAGAGAGAGAGGAAGGAGCAGCCGUAUCAGGAAGAGCAGCAACAGAAGCGGCGUGAGGCGGAAGAGCAGAAGCGCCAGGCAGAGAAAGAGAGGGAAACUUCCAUCAAAAUAUACCAGUACAGAAGGCCUAUUGAUUCCUAUGACAUACCAAAGAGAGAGGAAGAAUCUUCAGGUUUGCUUCCUAGUGACAGGAAUAAAUCCAGAUCUACUACUGAAUUGGACGAUUUCCCCACAAAUAAAAAUGGAAGCAAUAGAUACGCAGACCGAAGUGGGAACAGUAGCUCAUCACAGAAGAGCUCGAAGAAGGAACCAGCGCCAUCAGGAGCUGAGUUGGAGAGACAGCAAAUCCUCCAAGAAAUGAGGAAGAGAACCUCCCUUUAUGACGACAACAGCUGGAUCCGACAGCGCAGUUCCAGUGUCAACAAAGAGCCUAUUUGUCUGCCGGGGAUUAUGAGAAGAGGUGAAUCUCUGGAUAACCUGGAUUCCCCAAGAACCAAUUCUUGGCGACAGUCCCCUGGGCUCAGUCAGCCGUCAGGAGUCUAUGCCUCUUCUUCCGUCCAGGACUUCCGUCACCCCCCACCUCAGCUGCUGUCCACAUCAAACCGUGCCUACAUGCGGAACCCCUCCUCCAGCAUCCCCCCUCCCUCAGCCGGCUCUGUGAAGACCACCGCCCCAUCCCCCACACCGCGCAGCCAUUCCCCUGCGGCUCAGCAGCCAGGCUCCCAGCCACGCAACAGGUCGGUCAGUGGGAAGCGAGUGUGCUCCUUCUGUCAUAACAUUCUGGGCAAAGGAGCCGCCAUGAUCAUCGAGUCCCUGGGUCUUUGUUAUCAUUUGCAUUGUUUUAAGUGUGUGGCCUGCGAGCGUGACCUCGGAGGCUCUUCCUCAGGAGCCGAAGUCAGAAUCCGAAACAACCAACUGUACUGCAACGACUGCUAUCUCAGAUUCAAAUCUGGACGGCCAACCGCCAUGUGAUGUCAGCCUCCACCCGAAAGCCCUGCUGCAGAUAGAGGAAGAGGUGGUUGCCGCUGAUAUAGAUCUAUAAACACAUGUUGUAACAUCCUUUCGCUCUGUUUUUUUAAAAAGAAUAACACUUUUUCUGACCUCUUUAGAUUACAUCAGAGCAUUAUAGUCUUGGUAGAACCUGUAUUUUUGUUGUUUAUUUAUAAGACGGUAAUGAUGUGUGGCAAAAAGUGCAGUAUUUCCUUUUUGAAUUCAGCAUCAUAAAAGCACAGGAAAAAACAAGAACUUAAAAAAAAAUUUUUUUUGAGGCUGAUAAUGAUCUGAUUGACUUUCUAAGCGGUGUUUUGAAGAGGGUUAUUUUAUUGUUUUUUUUAAAACUCUGAAACAUUAUUUGAAAUAGUUAAUAUAAAUAUGUAAUGGCAUUUGCUUUGUUUAUUAUAAAAUAUACUAAAUUAAUGCAGAGCCAUAUGGAAAAUUUUACUAAAAUCCACUUCCAAAUUUGCUUUGCAUAUCCUUCUUUUCAUUUAUGUAAUAUUAUGGUUAAUUUUUUUUUUUUUUUAGCUUAUGUAACAUUUUAUUUGUUUGAUGAGGGAGCUCUAUUUUCUUCACCAGAAUUGUUGCUAAGCAGUUCUCAGUAGAAAGCUGCUUCUUUUCAUUCAUGAAAAUUAUCAUGGUUUGUAUGCCAGAAGUUUUCUUCAGAAACUAGUGAGCCUUUCUGUACAACUGCAUUUGUAAAUAAAGCUUGAUGCAUUUAA